UCAUGUAUUCUUCUGCAGUUCACUGACAAACGGUUUCAGUCCGUGCACGACUUAACCAUCGGUGUUGAAUAUGGGGCCAGAAUGAUCACAAUUGAUAACAAACCAAUAAAGCUGCAAAUAGGGGACACGGCGGGUCAAGAAUCAUUCAGGUCUAUUACGAGGUCCUACUACAGAGGUGCUGCUGGUGCACUGUUAGUUUAUGAUAUCACUAGGAGGGAAAGUUUUAAUCGCCUUGUUAGCUGGUUGGAGGAUGUAAGGCAACAAGCAAAUGCCAACAUGACUAUUAUGCUUAUUGGCAACAAGUGCGAUCUUGCUCACAGAAGGGCCGUAAGCACAGAGGAAGGAGAGCAGUUUGCCAAGGAACACGGUUUAAUAUUCAUGGAGGCAUCUGCAAAAACUGCUCAGAAUGUUGAGGAGGCAUUUAUAAACACAGCUUCAACAAUCUAUAAGAAAAUUCAGGAUGGAGUUUUAGACGUAUCAAACGAGUCUGACGGGAUAAAAGUUGGAUAUGGGGGCAUCCCAGGGCCAGCAGGAGGUAGAUAUGGGUCUGCUUCUCAAGCAGGGGGUUGUUGCAGUUGAAAGUGGAACUCAUUUUCUAAAUCAAUCACAUUUUUAAGCUUUCUUUACUUGUGCUACUUCAGGCUUUUAUGAUAUUCUCUGUCCUUUGAAGCGAAUCAUCAGUUUAUUUUUUGAUUGUUGAAAUUUAUCAAAUAUGUGGGAAAAAAAAAAAAAAAAAAAACCAUAUUAAUUAAUAGAAAUUACUAAUUGUUCAAUCUGUGUGUUUCUUCCACUGGGAUUCUUGAUGACUUGUUGUAGAAUUCAAUGGUUAAAUGUUGUAUUUGUGUGGGAAGUUUUUUAAGUUGGAAUC